ACUUGGAAUUGAUCGAAAUUUUUUUAUUCAUUCUUGAUAUUUAGCUUACUUCUACCAUUUAUAGUUGAUUUCAAUUGAUCUGUCUGAUUAAUAGUACGUAAAUUUCCAAAUACAUAAAAUAUGGGUUCCUUAUUUUAUACAUAUGACUUCAUAAUUUGCUCAUAGUUGACAAGUCAACAAUUCACUGCAAACUUGUACGAGAUACUCCUUCAAAAAAGUGGAAUCAUGUAUCUGUACCAUCUACAUUUUCUCUCUUUUCACACGGCUACUCGUUUCUCUCUGGAUAUAACCACAGAACUCAUUCUUUAACCCUUCAUAUUCUUCCUUCAAUUUUCUCUUCUGCAACUAGAAGUCUUUGUAAUAGCCAUGAACGCCAAGUUUCUAAUUCUCUUCUGCUGGAUUUUACUUCUGGUUUCAAAGCACGUCGGAGCAGAUUGCACCUGCGACCCAGAGGAGAACACCGGAGACAAAGGUACAGCACUGAAAUACAAAAUCGGAGCCAUAUUCUCGAUUCUUGUGGCGGGUGCAAUUGGAGUUUGUCUCCCAGUUCUUGGGAAAACUAUCCCGGCUUUGCAUCCGGAAAAGAACAUCUUCUUCAUCAUCAAAGCUUUCGCCGCCGGAGUCAUACUUUCGACUGGAUUCAUUCACGUUCUUCCCGAUGCUUUUAAGAAACUCACAUCUCCGUGCUUAAAGGGGACUGCAUGGGGGUUUCCUUUCACUGGGUUCAUUGCCAUGGUGUCCGCGAUUGUAACUCUUAUGAUCGACGCUUUUGCCACCAGCUAUUACCAGAAGUCAGCGGUCAAGCGCGCCGGAACUCAUGCAGGAGACGAGGAGAAAGUUAGGGAUGAAAGUGGAAACUCCGUGCAGGUUCACACUCAUGCGACUCACGGCCACGCUCAUGGCUCGAUCUCUUUGGUUGCAGACUCUCAGUCAGAGCUUCUUCGUCACCGAGUCAUCUCACAGGUUUUGGAGCUGGGAAUUAUCGUCCACUCGGUGAUAAUUGGAAUUUCACUGGGUGCUUCUGAAGAUGUCGACACAGUAAGAACACUGUUGGGAGCCUUGACCUUCCACCAAUUCUUUGAAGGCAUGGGACUCGGUGGCUGCAUUUCUCAGGCAAAAUUUAAAUGCGGAACUAUCACAACCAUGGCAAUCUUUUUUUCUCUAACUACUCCAGUUGGAAUCGCAAUUGGAAUCGGAAUAUCAAAUGUGUACGAAGAAAACAGCACCACGGCGCUCAUUGUCGAGGGAAUCUUUAACGCAGCCUCGGCUGGAAUCUUGAUAUACAUGUCACUCGUUGAUCUCCUCGCUGCUGAUUUCAUGAACCCUAGAAUGCAGAGCAAUGGAAAGCUUCAAUCUAUGGCCAGUGCAGCACUUCUUAUAGGAGCGGCUUGUAUGUCUAUCAUGGCCAAAUGGGCUUGAAAGUUAGUAACAAAAUUAUCUGUGUGAUAUUUGAAUUUAUGAUAA